GAGCUAAUACAGGCCUGUUGUUGUGCCUCAUCCUCCCUCCUCUCCUCAGCCAGGCCCCUCCCGUCUCCUCCCGGGCCUGCUAUCAGACUCGGAGUCUGAUAAUAAAGAUGAACGGCCUGUCAUGCCUCCAGCCCCCGGUCCUGGCCCCAUGCCCGGACAGGGUGUCAGGAAUGAACAAACAAACCUCACUCAUACGGCGUGUGUUCCUUUGGCUCAGCCCUCAGAGGAAGUCAGCCACGGAUUGGAAUUACUCGGGCCUACUCCUUCUGACCCCUCCCUUUCUCAAACAGCAGAAAACAAUUCAAAGUGGGAGGAUCCUCGCUGCCGGAGAUCUGAGAGGCGACGCCAGCAGAAGGAAGGGAGGGGCAGGCCUGGAUAAAUGCUGAGUCAUGGAGCCACACCCCACAGCCUAUAUAAAGGACCUGCUUUUGGCAUUCCUUGAGUCAAGCAAAGUCUCAUCUAGUUUGCUGAAGUCACAACUUGGAUUCCUGCCUGCCCUGAGAAAUCUGAAAGGAAUUUGGCAAAGCUGCAGAGGCUUCGUGGCCACGCUUGAUACGGAUUUCCUAGACCCGGUCGUCGGAGGGGGAGGGGGACACGACACCUGUUUUUGGCCUCCCAAAGCCUCCAUGCAUCCUGUUUUUGCCCUCUCUGGCAUCCAGAAGCACUCUGCAGACCAAAAAUGGACCCAUCUUGGCUUCCAGAAGCCUCCGCGGGUCCCGUUUUGCCCUCCCCAGCAUCAGGGAGGCUGAAAAUGGGACAUGCAGAGCAGUGGUAAUAAUGGGCAGGAGAAUCAAGAUUCCUGUGAACUGUUCCAAGUGAUCAAUGCUAAAGAUGGAAGGGAGAAGUUUGGAAUUCGAAUGGAAUUCGAAAGCCAUGGGAGAAACCAGUCAAAGAAUUGGAAUCAGGAAAGAUCAUCUUCCACUGAUGCUCCAAUGCAAGACUUUCUUGCCCAACAAGAGAAAAUAAGGAAAAAAUAUAGUGGAAAAAGUGUGAAUCUAAUUAAAGCUAAAGUACAAGUAAAUGAACACUAUUUAACCCAAAACAAAGGAGACGGUGCUAUAAGAAGACACGACGGACAAAAUUACAAUGGGACAUUCAUUCUUUCUCUUGGAAAUAAGUUCCUUACAUCUCAAAAAAUGAUUGACACAAAAGAGAAGCCUUAUAAAUGUUUGGAAUGUGGAAAAUUUUUCAGAACAAGCAGGAAUUUUACUUCCCAUAGGAUGAUCCACAGAGGGGAGAAACCAUAUAAAUGCAUAGAGUGUGGAAAGACCUUUCCUCGUAGCAGUACACUUACUUUACAUAAGAUGACCCACAGAGGGGAGAAACCAUAUAAAUGCAUGGAGUGUGGAAAGAACUUUGCUCAAAGAGGUCAUUUUAUUUCACAUAAGAUGAUCCAUACGGGGAGAAACCGUAUAAAUGGAUGGAUGUGGAAAGACGUUUACUCAUAGACGUAGUCUUAUUUCCCAUAAAAGAAUGCACACAAGGGAGAUUUGACGUUUACACAAAAAGAUCCACACUAGAGAGAAACCAUUUAAAUGCACAGAAUGUGGAAAGACCUUUGCUCAUAGGCGUAGUCUUAUUUCCCAUAAAAGAAUGCACACAAGGGAGAUUCGACUGGAAGCAUUGCGGCAAGUCAGUCAGGGAAUAGUGGGCUCUGAUGAGGCUUGUGAAAUCCCGGACUGACAAACUGCUGUCGGGGGUCUUCGGACCAGAUCUGUCCUGCAGGGAUGGAGAAGAAGGAGAGGCACCUCGGACAACCAAGAGAAACAGACAAGUUCCUCGGAGGUCACAGGAAACUCUUCAACUCGGCGGCGGGGGCAGCGACCAUUGUGGCUGUCACAAAGCUGGGCUACCGGACUAAGUUUUGAGCAGGAACGGUGAUUUGAAUGGAGUGAGUGAUUGGCCAGCUCACAAGUAAAAAAGAAACAUUUUUAAAUUGCUAAAAGGUGCCCCAGCGAAGAAACAGCAGCUAAUGGGUCGUGGGGAAUGUUAAUGGAGAGAGAAGAACAAAGCGGAAGUUUAAAGUGUUAAAGUCCGAAACGGAACUUGAUUUUUGGUUUAGAAUUUGUCUGGAGAUAAUUAAAUUAUUAGAAGAAGAAACCUGAAAUAGCUGGGAAGAGGUUUGGAAAUAAUUUUAAAACUUUUGAAUAUUGAAGGAAGAACAAAGAAAAACUU